AUGGCAUCCUUCGACGUCGAAAAGACAGCAGAGAUUGAAGUCCAAUCCGAUAUCUUCUAUCCGGUCCAAGACCGUCAGGACGAUGACGCGAAGGCCGAAGCCAGACUCAGGACAAAGAUUGACUUUUACGUGGUCCCAACAGUCGCCAUUCUAUACCUCUUCUGCUUUAUCGACCGGGCCAAUAUUGGCAACGCGAGACUCGCCGGGUUCGAGGAGGACCUUGGUCUGCACGGCUACGAUUAUAACAAAGUGCUGACGGUUUUCUAUGUUGGUUAUGUGGUUUUCGAAAUGCCCGCGAGCUUCGCAUGCAAGUUUUUUGGCCCGGGGUGGUUUCUUCCAGCAACGACUUUUGGGUUUGGCGUCUUCUCGCUCCUCACUGGCUUCUGCACCAACAUCAAGAGCGUGUCGGCUGUCCGGUUCCUGCUUGGGGUCUGUGAAGCUGGAAUGCUUCCCGGAAUCGCAUACUAUCUUUCCAGGUGGUAUCGGCGGAGGGAGCUUGUCUUUCGCCUUUCGUUGUACAUCAUAAUGACACCUCUUGCGGGGGCCUUUGGAGGUCUACUCGCAUCGGCAAUCUUAACCCUCGGCCACAUGGGCUCACUACGGACCUGGAGGAUGAUCUUUGUCAUCGAGGGAACCAUUACCUGCGGCCUAGGUCUACUGUCCUUCUUUACGCUGACCGAUCGACCUGAGACGGCAAGAUGGCUUACAGUCGAGGAGAAGGACCUUGCUAUAGCACGAGUGAAGUCGGAGCGGCCAUCAAGCACAUCAAUGCUCGACGGAUUCAGCAAGGGCAAACUGCUCAGAGGGAUUCUCAACCCUGUGACGUUGACGACCGCAGUCAUCUUUGGCCUCGGGAAUAUCACCGCCCAGGGUCUGGCCUUCUUUGCACCGACUAUUGUCAAAAGCAUCUAUCCUCACCACAGCGUGGUAUCACAGCAGCUGCACACGGUACCGCCCUAUAUGGUGGGUGCGUCCUUCGUCCUCAUCCUGCCCUAUCUGAGCUGGAAGACUGGCCGCUACCUUGUUUACUAUAUUGUCGCUCUUCCGUUCACUAUUUGCGGAUUUGCCAUGUUCCUCGGCACACAGAAUGCAAAUGCUCGCUACGGUGCAACCUUCCUGGUGGCAAGCUCUGCAUUUGUGUUCGGCGCCUUGAGCAACGCUUUAAUAUCGGCGAACGUCAUCUCGGAUACCUCGAGGUCUGCUGCGAUCGGGACCAACGUCUUGCUAGGGAAUAUCGGAGGAUUGAUUUCCACGUGGUCCUACCUUCCUUUCGAUGGCCCCAAUUAUCCCAUCGGAAAUGGGCUGAACCUCGCCGCCAUCUCGAGCUGUCUAGUGCUCUCUGUUCUGCUGCUGAUAUGGAUGCAACGCGACAACAUCAAACGGUCUACCAAGAAACCCUCAGAUACCAGCGAGCUGUCUAUCAAAGAAUUGCAGGAUCUGGACUGGCAACAAUCAGCAUUCCGCUGGAAGCCGUAA